AUGGUCAAGAUCGAAUGCGUGGUGGAGGCCGAGAACUAUCUCGGCGAGGGGCCGGUCUGGGACCCGGUGGAGGGAGUCCUCUAUUGGGUGGACAUGCUGGAUAAGGAGGUCUGGCGCCUCGAUCCCCGCACCGGCAAGACUCACACCUGGACGCUGCCGAAGACGGUGGGCGCCUUUGCGCUCCGCGAGCAGGGCGGCGGCGUGCUGACCAUGCGCGACGGGUUCUACUUCAUGGACCUCGAUAGCGGCGAGACCGAGCUCAUCGCCCUCGUCGAUGCGGACGAGCCGCGCUCGCUCUUCAACGACGGCAAGGUGGACCGCCGCGGCCGCUUCUUCGCCGGCGGCGAGGAUGAAAUCUCCGAAUCGCCGAUCUGCGGCCUCUUCAGGCUCGACCCCGACCUCACCGUGCACGAGCUGGAGCGUGGCAUCAUCUGCAACAACGGGCCGAGCUGGAGCCCCGACAACAAGACCUUCUAUCACACCGAUUCCUACAUGCAGGAGAUCUACGCCUACGACUACGAUUUCGAGACCGGCGCGAUCUCCAACAAGCGGGUCUUCGCCAACACCCAUGACGAGCCCGGCAUUCCCGGAUGGCUCCACGAUCGAUGCCGAAGGGUAUCUGUGGAACGCGCAGAUCGUCUCGGGCCAGCUCGUGCGCUACGCGCCGGACGGCACGGUCGACCGCCGCGUGCCGGUGCCGACCAAGACCAUCACCAGCAUCAUGUUCGGCGGCGAUAA